AAGAAGAGGGACUUCCGCCUCACUCCGCCAUGUGGUGGUUGGUGGAUCACGGAUAAACACGAAGCUCGAGGCGUCAGGAGCAGCGCGCGGACUGGAACCAUGGAGGAGAUUCCAUCGGAGGUGAAGGCGUUCCUCCAGGAGCAUCCCUUCCUGCAGCUCACGGAGGCUAAGAAGGUUAAGUGCGCCCUGAACGGCCACGAGUUGCCCCUGAACCUGGCUGAGCUGAAGAUCUUCACAGCUGGGAAGAAAUACCAGAGAUUGAGCUCCAUCGCAGAGUUCGACUACAGCCAGUUUGAGCCCCACGUGGUGCCCAGCACCAAGCAGCCAAACCAGCUGUUCUGCAAGCUUACGCUCCGGCACAUCAACCGCCUGCCGCACCAUGUUCUGCGACACGUCAACGGGAAACGUUAUCAGCGAGCCCUGCAAAAAUAUAAAGAAUGUGAGGAACAGGGUACUGUGUUUGUUCCGGCGAGGCUCAAACAAAAGAAGCCCAGGAACAGUGGAGGAGAGGACAAGGGGAUGAGACCCAAGAGAGGAAACGAGUUCUGGGCACCAAGCUCCAGUGAGGGCGAGAACAGCGACUCAGGAGACAGCAUGAGCGACCUUUAUCCAUCUUCCAUGUUCGCGUUAAAGAAACCAAGCGAGGCAGAGGUAAUGGAGGCAGACGGGAGUGAUGACUUUCAGACUGACAACGAUGAGGAGCAGGAGAAAGCCACCCAGAUGGAGGUGGACAGACAAGUCACACAGAAGCGGAAGAAGGACCAGCCUGCAGGCUUUAAGAAAAAAUUCAAGAGUCGCCAUAAGAAAAAUGGCUUCAGCAAAGGAAGAGUGAAAAAUGGGAAAUAAAGCAUUCUGUAUUUCUAAGUGUC